AGCAUGAUUGGUUAACGAUCUUUACCUACUAACAAAGAACGAUCAAUAGGGCUAGGGAGAGCUGUGAAGUGGAUCUCUAGUUCCGUAUAUAUCUGUAUCUAAGGCGGUCUCUCACUGUCUAAAUGGAGAGGCAUGGUUCAGUGAGCAGCAUUCUCAGUCACACUAGUCUACAGUAUGAGUUUAACCACUUGGAUAUCCACGCCAACUGUCCCGAGAAAAUUAUCUUGUGUAUAGAUCUUGAUGCCCAGGUAGAGGCCACUCCUGUCAAAUCAAAGGAUAGAGGGGGUGUGUCCAUGUUGACUGUGUGGAAGAAUGCCCUCGAGCUAUUUGUAUGGAACAAGCAUCACCUGAGCAAAGACCAUGAGUUUGCUGUUGUUAUACUACGCGACAAAGCAGAAUGGUUUUGUAACUUCAACAGUGACCCUAACGAGGUUGUCACGGUAAUCAAUCAACUGGAGGCUGUGGACGAAAAGUACGAUUCUUUUGAUACAGCGUCUCUCUACUCAAUAAUCCACCAGAACUCUUGCCCCCCUCCCCCGACGGACAAUCCCCUCCUCCCUCCACCCUACACCGUACGAGCCAUUAUGUUCUAUAGUCGCACCAACAGCAUGCCCAUCUACCAAGGUGACGUCGUGGCACAUGAUCAGCUGAUGGAGUCUCCGUAUUUCUUCCUGGACAUACUCUACUCACAUGAGCCCCCCUCCCCCUCUAACAUGUGCAAGGGUAUAUUCGAUAUUCUCGCUGAGCUGUACCCAAAGCCCAAGGCCCUUGUAUUGGAUUGGUCGUACAAUGUCAGCCAACUGUUCAACAACUUUUCUAAGCUACUAGCUCACCCAAUGCAGAGACCAUUCCAGCCUCACAUGGACCAUAAACUAAUUCAUUAGUACUAUAUAGCAUAUACCAUGGUUGUGUGUGUGUGUGUUAUUUCAAAUGUUGUAUGUGUGUUCACAGUUUAUACAGAUCCAGUCCAGCUAGAAGAGGGACACAAAUUAA